AUGACGAUUCCGUUUGUUACAGGGCCAUUAAACUUUUUGCGUCGUAUGGCAACUGAAAAUACUGUAUAUUUUUGGAGUAUAAGUGUCGGUUGUCUUGGUCCUGUGUUGGUAGUUUCUGUUCCUCCAAUCCGUGAGAAAUACUUUGGCUACGUUAGACCCGAAGACCCGCCGAUUACUUAUCCUAUGCCAAAACGACCUCGAAACCCUCCAGCUGGUUAUGAGGAUCCAUGA